GGUUCGGAUUCGUCUACCGCUGUGAAAAAGUACAGCAGAAAAAGAUGAUGAGGAGACGGACUGGUGGCACCGUCUUCAGGGCCAUGUGCACUGGUUCCCUGUCUUGCACCCACAACACCUUUUUCGAAAGGACACAGCUGUCAGCCCAAGAGGUAUGACAUUUGAAGUCACUCGCGAAACGUGAUCGCAGAAUCGGCGGUUUCUUUUUCUCUGGUUCACGUUACGCUAUGCAUUUCUGUAAUUUGAUCAUAUGGCUUGAGAUGAUAUGUGUUUUGUUGGUUUUCUAUUUUACAGGUGCUAAUGCUUAUUUAUUCGUGGGUCAAGCAGGAGCCGGUCGCCGCGGAGGAAUGCGGCAUGGCCCCCAAAACAGCGGUAGGUACAAUUACUGCCGUGAAGUCGCGGAGGUUUUCGUCUCUCACCAGCAAAAUAUCCAGCUCGGGAGUGAAGACAUGCACGUCGAGAUCGACGAGACCUUCACCCGGAGGCGAAAAUACAACCGCGGCCGCGUAACUAAAGGCACCCAAAUUACCAUCUUCGGUGCCUAUUGUCGGGAAACAAAAGAGGUGAUGUACUGGCAUGUGGACAACAAGAGCCGACGGGUUCUCUGGAGCCACAUGCUCAGAUACAUCGCCUGCGGUUCCAUCAUUGUUUCCGACAGCGCGGCCCAAUAUCGCGGUUGUACGACGAUGGGCUUCUCUGAACAUAAGACCGUCAAUCACAGCCAGCGGGGCCCCGGGAGGUAAGGAAGAUAAAGCUCUGCAUGUGUUUAUGAUAAUAAAUUUAUGAAUGUGAAAGAAAUGAACAGGCGUUAUUGAAAAGUGACAUUUUUCUUUUAUUUUCCGAGCAGAUUCGUCGACGCCGAUGAUCCCGAGGCCCACACUCAGAACAUAGAGUGCAGAAAUUGCUGGCUGAAGAAGUCCAUUUUCUAAGAAAAUGCGUUAGUUCUUUUCAAGAUGAAGAUUACGAUUUAAUCACGAAACUUGAAACAGGUGACAUAUUUGAUAAUAAAGGACAUUUUGCACCUUAUAAGAUACUUCUUGCGAUAAGAGGACAGGUAUUGCAUUAUUGGAGACGACUUAGAGAAAGAUUCCAAUGGCACAGGUUUUAUUGAUGGCUGCAAUUUUCGAAAAAUCCUUCACGAUUAUAGUAUUUAUUUCAGCGAUGAAGAAUUUUUUAAAAUUCUAAGAUAUUUUGAUCCACAUUUAACAGGAAAAGUGCCAAAUAGUAGCCGUCUGCAA